AGUUCUCUCAGCUGGGUGACGCUGCAUUAGGCGACAUGGCUAAUCUCUGUGUGUUCAGCGUGUUGGUCCUGUCCUUGGUUAUUGAGACCCAGACUCUAACCCCAUCCCAUCAUCUGACCACCACUGAUGUGGCCAGACUGCAGGCUGUAUUGAGCCAGCCCCUCACUGAUCUCAAGUCUGCCUAUUACUCUGUUGUUGGACUUAGGAAGCUGGGGAUCUUUGUUGCAGAUGCAGAUGAGACAUGCAGAUUUAUCAAGUCAAACCUUGACCCCUCUAGUGUCGAGUCACUGUUUUAUGCAGCAGAAUCUAGCCAAGCUCUUACUGGAUGUGAGAUUCUUGUGUCAAAUGACACGCGUGAUUUGUUGUUGGCCACAGUGAGUGAGGACUCCACUGUCUCUCAGAUCCAUCACUCUGUGAGUGCUCUCAGCUCUCUUGGAUUACCUCUGGCCUCACAGGAAGUAGUCAGUGCCCUUAAAUCUCGUAUCUCCAAAGAAGACAAUGUCUUAGCAAUCAUUCUGGCACUGCAGACUGCAGCUCGUCUGUCUCAGCAAGCUGAACUUGGUGACAUCUUGGAAGAAAUUGAGGAACUGAUUGCAUUUUUAGUUGAUC